AUGAUCAUGAGCUCUUAUUUGAUGGACUCUAACUACAUCGAUCCGAAAUUUCCUCCAUGCGAGGAAUAUUCGCAAAAUAAUUACAUCCCAGACCACAGUCCGGAAUAUUAUAGCCGGACAAGGGAGUCCAGCUACCAGCAUCACCACCAGGAGCUGUACCCCGUGCCACGACCCUCCUUCCCCGACCGCCAGUUCAGCUGCGGUAGUAUCCAAGCUCCCGGCAACCCGGCCGCGCACCAAAGGGGACACGGGCAAACUCCAGGAGGCCAACACCUCUCAGAGAAAGCACAGCAGCUCUGCGAGCAGGCUGCUCUUUCCACCUCCUCCACCACUCCUUCCCCAGCCCCUCCAGCCUGCAACCAGCCAAACCCCGACCAUCCUAACAGCACAGCUUCCAAACAACCCAUAGUCUAUCCCUGGAUGAAAAAAAUCCACGUCAGUACUGUGAAUCCCAAUUACAAUGGAGGCGAGCCCAAGCGCUCCCGGACAGCCUACACGAGGCAGCAGGUUUUGGAGCUGGAGAAGGAGUUUCACUAUAACAGGUACCUGACCCGGCGGCGGCGCAUCGAGAUCGCCCACUCCCUCUGCCUCUCCGAGCGGCAGAUCAAAAUCUGGUUUCAGAACCGGAGGAUGAAAUGGAAAAAAGACCACAGGCUGCCCAACACCAAAGUGCGGGCGGCGGCCACCGCGGCGCCCCCCCCCGCCGCCCCGGCGAGCACGGCCGGGGGCGAGGAGCUGCCCCCCGCCGCCGCGCAGGACCCGCGCCCGGAGGAUAUCACCAGGUUAUAA